UGUGAUCGGAGUAGUCUCUUUUCUACGAAAGCUGAUAAUUGUAGACAAUGCUCCGCUUCAUGUUAUUGAUAGCUCUGCAGAUAUGUUGGGGGAUGCAGCCAUACCAGCUAUGACACUCAUAAUUGGAGCAAAUCUUCUUAGAGGGCUAAAGAAAUCAGCAGUUGGAGUGUGGGUUGUGAUCGGGGUUCAGGUGGUGAGGUUCGUUGUGCUACCUCUAUGUGGCAUUGGUGUCAUCGCUGUGGCUCGCCGUUUUGGGUGGGUGGGAUCGGAUUCUUUGUACCACUUUGUUCUCUUGUUGCAAUAUGCGCUUCCUUCUGCCAUGAAUAUAGGUACAAUCACACAGUUGUUUGAGGUUGGGGAGAGUGAGUGUUCAGUGAUUAUGCUGUGGAACUACUCUGUGGCUUCAUUUGCUCUUACUCUUUGGACCGCAUAUUACAUGUGGAUUUUGUCUUGAGUUUCUUUUCUUUGUAAAAGUUAAGGAAAAUGGAAGAAAGAAGAGAAGGAAUAUAUAUAGGGAUGAGAUCGGGUGCAAAGGAGGUCUCAGGUGAAACAUGUUGUGAGAUGUGAGCCAUCACGUUUUUUUAAAACAUUGGUCAAUCUGGACGGUUGAUUUU